AAUCCGAUAAUGCUGCAACUGAAACAGCAAAAAAUUGGAUGGUGGAUGUGGCCGGUUUCCUUAUUCUUUGCAGUAUCGUGGGAUUGGUUUCUGCAAGAUAAUCAAAUUUUGCAUUCGUAUUACAGAAGCCGCCGUUCUCGAGAACUUGCAGUUUUCAGGCACCGAAAUGCAUCAAGAAUCCAGACACGGAUGAGUCGCACAAGACAAAGAAAAAAAUAAUCCCUCGAGAAUAGAUGAGCUUUUUCGCUAUUUAGUCUCCCUUUUCUUUGGGUUACAUAUACAAACCAAAGAAUGGAACACAACGACUGGGUAGUUCCUCUUCCUUCCGAUCGUUCACGAUUAUACCCUUCGUCUUCCAUGCUCGGUCACCACCCCCCAUCCUCGCCACAACCACUCAUUGCCACUUUGCAACAAGGUUCAUCUAUGCUUCAUCCUGCUAAUGAAGAAGAACCCGAGUCAUUAGAAACAUUUGAUUUUGAAUCAACACCUCACAAGCCUCAAAUAUAUACCUCGUCUGUCACCGAUGAAAGUAGUGUACAAACCUUUUACGCUUCACAGUCUCACGAAGAUCCAGUACCUCAAUCUUCUGGAGUGACUACACUGUCCAAUGCGACGACCGACGAUAACAUGACCCUCAUUGGACGAAAAGUACAGCCUGUUGACACAAAACCACUUGCAACGGUUUCCACGGGCAACAAAGACACCACACCGACGAAUCCGGUUACCACCGUCGCUGACCCAUCACUCGAAGAAAAUACCGCAUUAAACGCUACCACUCCCUCUGAACGACCAACACCCAAGCGCGUGACGAAUCUCAAUCGAUCUCGAAGCAGAAAUUACCAAGUAUUUCCCGGCCGCAAUAAGUUCUUUUGCGGUGGUCGAUUAAUGACAAGCAGAGAAUAUUGGGCAUUUUCCGUUGCCAUGAUAUUGCUGGUGGCUCCUUGUGUUGUUUUUGGCAUUUUCACAUGCCCGGUUCUUUGGCGGGAAAUGCAUCCCGUUGUACCUAUUCUUUUCGCCUACUUUUUUGUCCUUUCUGUAGCAUCUAUGAUCAAGACAUCAUGGACUGAUCCGGGGAUCAUUCCUCGAGGAUUAGAUCCUUCCCCGAUGAUGGAGCUAACAAGUGAUCAAGCGUCGGAAGACGAGUCUCUGUGGAGUCGAUCCAUUCCUGCGCAAAAGAUUAUUCGUAUCAGGGAUACAGUGUGGACGUUAAAAUACUGCGAUACUUGUAAGAUUUAUCGUCCGCCUCGUGCGAGCCAUUGCCGUCAAUGCGAUAACUGUGUAGAAAACGAAGAUCAUCACUGUAUCUGGUUGAACAAUUGCAUUGGCAAGCGCAACUAUCGUUCAUUUUUCACGUGCAUUGCCACUUCCACUAUCCUUUGUAUCUAUGUCAUCGUCUUUUCAUUGGUGGAUUUAUUGGUGCUUAAAGGGCCCGGCGAUGUCCGAACUUUGUUCCAUGCUGCGCCUGCGAGCUUUGUGUUGGCCAUUUUCUGCUUUGUACUGUUAUGGUUAAUCGGCGGUCUCACGUUCUAUCACUGCUCACUGGUACUGCAUGGUCUCACUACGCAUGAACGACUACGAGCUUCUAUAUUAGACACAAAGCAUCUAAUGGCCAAUCCAUACAAGAAAAAGAACCCAUUCCUGAACAUGGCGCAUGUGCUGUGUCGGCCGCAACCUAAAAGUUACCUCCGAAGGAGAAAAUAUGCCGACCUUGAUGUUUAAUAGAAUUGUACAGCAUGUCUCAAUAACAUUAUAUACCCCUCUUUAUCCCUUAAUGACGUUACCAUACACUUUUUCAAGUAUUCCCUUCCAGUGAAUGAUCAGUAAAAAGAAAAAUUAUCAUCUAUUAUAUUCUCGUAAUCUGCUACCCUUAUGCCUUUGUAUCAGCAGAAGAUCUUUCGCAGCCCGCUCUUCAAGCAAGCAAAAGUAACCAGCUCUAUUUUUGCUCCAGGCUUCUAUAAUCGGGUAACAAACACCUGG